AUGCCGCGCGGCCAGGCCCGAAGUCGCCACCACGUUGGAGCUCGGCCUUCUCGCGGCAAGCAUGGCGCUCGGUGCGCCGCCGGGCGCCUGGCGCGAGCCGCCGGGGGUGGGCUUGUCCGUGCUGCCCUUUCCGGGGCGCGCGGCGGGGGUGCCCAGUUCCCGUCGGCGUGCACCACCCGCGCGGUGGCGGGCGGCCAGCAGCGGCCGCUGCGGCGGCGGUGCGCCGCCCGACGAACUGCCCCCUGGGGCGGCGGCGAGCGCGCCGCCGGCGGCGGCAUCGCCACCCCCGGCUCCGGCGGCGGAGGCGGGGGCGGGGGCGGCGGACGCGCAGACCUUCAGCAAAGUUCCACCCCCGGGUCGCAAGCCAACAGCACGCAGUCGGGGGGCAGCGGCCAGGGGGCGGAUAAGAACCAGAACAUCGAGUGCAUCGUGUGCGGGGACAAGUCUUCGGGGAAGCACUACGGCCAGUUCACGUGUGAAGCGGUGCAACGGGGUCGAGUACCCCCCACGCAGCCGACGGGGCUGCCCGGCCAGUUCGCGAUCACCAACGGCGACGUGUCGUCGGCGGUGAUGGCGGCGGGCAUGAACGGCCAUUCCUACCUGUCGUCCUACAUCUCGCUACUGCUGCGCGCAGAGCCCUACCCAACGUCCCGCUACGGCCAGUGUAUGCAGCCUAACAACAUCAUGGGCAUCGACAACAUCUGCGAGCUCGCGGCGCGGCUGCUCUUUUCGGCGGUCGAGUGGGCGCGCAACAUCCCCUUCUUCCCCGACCUGCAGGUGACGGACCAGGUGGCGCUGCUGCGGCUGGUGUGGAGCGAGCUGUUCGUGCUGAACGCGUCGCAGUGCUCCAUGCCGCUGCACGUGGCGCCGCUGCUGGCCGCGGCGGGGCUGCACGCGUCGCCCAUGGCGGCGGACCGCGUCGUCGCCUUCAUGGACCACAUCCGCAUCUUCCAGGAGCAGGUGGAGAAGCUGAAGGCGCUGCACGUGGACUCGGCCGAGUACUCCUGCCUCAAGGCCAUCGUCCUUUUCACCACAGAUGCGUGCGGGUUGUCGGACGUGGCGCACAUCGAGAGCCUCCAGGAGAAGUCGCAGUGCGCGCUGGAGGAGUACUGCCGCACGCAGUACCCGAACCAGCCCACGCGCUUCGGCAAGCUGCUACUGCGCCUGCCGUCGCUGCGCACCGUUUCCUCGCAGGUGAUCGAGCAGCUGUUCUUCGUGCGGCUGGUGGGCAAGACGCCGAUCGAGACGCUCAUCCGCGACAUGCUGCUGUCGGGCUCCAGCUUCAGCUGGCCGUACAUGUCCUCCAUGUGACACAGUGCCGCCGUGUGGCGGCAGCUCG